AUGGCAACGCAGAAGGAGAAAGAAAGUGUAGUAGGAAAAGGUUUUUACUCCCGGUAUUCUAACAAGCCAUCCUGGUCUGGUUUCCUGAGAAAAGAUGGUUUACAUCCUAAUAAAAGUGGUGAUCUUCGCUUGGCCAAUUAUUUCUGUAGGUUUUUAAAGAAAUGCAUUUCUUCAGAUAAUGCAUCUCGAAAGAGGAAAAAUUGCCAGUUGAUCACCUCGGGAUAUAUUUUGGAUUCUUUGGAGUUUCUUCCAUUGCCUUCCUGUGAUCAGCCUUCAUUUUUAUCAUCAUGGCCACAGCAUUCUGGUUCUGCUGUGCCUUGUAGCGAGGUACCAACUUUUGUUGACUCAGUUCCUUCAUAUGUUUCUUCUUUUCCAUCAGCUUCUCAAAAGGAUCAAAAAUGCCAAUCAAUUGCUCCUAAAUUCAUUUUGGAUUCUACUGAGUUUCCUGCAUUGUCUUCCUCAAGGCAAUCUUCAUUUUUAUCAUCUUGGUCUAAACAUCCUGCUUCUUGGCCUUUGGCACGGCCAUCUGUUUCAGCUUGUGCAGUCUCAACCGCUUCUUGCUCUCUUCCACCCUCUCCGCCUGUGCCUCGCUCUCUUCCACCCUCUCCGCCUGUGCCUCGCUCUCUUCCACCCACUCCGCCUGUGCCUCGCUCUCUUCCACCCACUCCGCCUGUGCCUCGCUCUCCUCCACCCUCUCCGCUCGUGCCUCGCUCUCUUCCACUCUCUCCGCUUGUGCCUCCUACUCUCCCAGCCUCUCCGCCUGUGCCUCCUACUCUCCCAGCCUCUCCGCCUGUGCCUCCUACUCUCCCAGCCUCUCUGCCUGUGCCUCCUACUCUCCCAGCCUCUCUGCCUGUGCCUCCUACUCUCCCAGCCUCUCCGCCUGUGCCUCCUACUCUCCCAGCCUCUCCACCUGUGCCUCCUACUGGUCAUGUUCAAUUUCUUGUACCUAUUGUUUCUUAUAUGCCUAUGGUUCAGUUCUUGCCAUUCCAUUCUGUUGCUGUGUCCUAUCCUCCAUUUUAUGUACCUGUUGUUCCACCAUUUCUACCCGCUGCUGUUUCCUCUCUUCCAACAUGCAGUCAGUCAGUUGUUGCAUGCACUCUGCCAACCCACUCUGAACCAGAACCUGCUCGCACAUCCCCAGUCCACUCUAAACCAAAACCUGCUCGCACAUCUCCAGUCCACUCUGAACCAGAACCUGCUCGCACAUCUCCAGUCCACUCUGAACCAGGAGCUCCUCGCAUUUCCCCAGCCCAGUGUCGGCUAGCAUGUGCUUCUAACAAACUUGGAAAGGCAAGAAUUACUAAGAUAAUGUUACUAGAUGAUUGUAAAGAAGAAAAUAGGACAGAUAUAGUGUUUUGGCCUUCGAUAGCUCAGUUUUUAGAAAACUCAAUCACAUAUAAAUGA